CUUCUCACCUUCUUCUGGUACGCUUUCUUUUUCCAAUGAAGAAGUGUCAAAGUGACAUUUGUGAGUGACCGCUACAGUUCUCAUCGCUGUCUUUAUUUUGUUCAUGCAGUGGUGUUUUCCUCAUUUCCCUUCGUCUAAAUAAAAUUCUAAAGCAUAAAAGUUACUGAAACGAGCACUCUGUGACAUGUUUAUUAAAGCAGUAAAGACCAAGAGCAACGUUCAGUUGAAAAGUUCUGAUCGUAAAAAGCUGCAGCAGAAAGUGUCGACAAAAUUUAACGUCACCCAAGAUGAGCUGAACACAAUAUUUCCAAAUAAGUCGUCAAUCUCAGUCAUCAAAUUGAUCACACACAGCGAGGACAUAGUCAGUGUCUACGCGGUUGAUAAAAGGCCAAUGUUUUUUGAAACACCCGAUCAAGUCCUGUUACCCACCGUGUACACUUUAUGGUUAGUUCCGAAUUUGUUACCAGCAUUUACCACCCAUCCGGCUGUCCUUCCAAGACUGUCAAAUGGAGCCGAUUUAAUGUUACCGGGAAUCAUUCGCCAAGGACAAGGUCCGAGAUGCUAUGGUUACUACAAGAAACAUGAAGUUGUCGCUGUAAAUUUAACAUCCAACAAAGCAGCUAUCGCAAUUGGACUACUGGCUAAGAGCAGUGACGACUUAUACAUGAGUGGCGGUGUUGGUAUCGGGGUGAAUGUUCUGCAUGUAUUUGGUGAUAAGCUGUGGGGCUUGGAUGCGUCUGUCUGUUUGCAAGCUCCACUUUUGGGUGCUGGUGUAGAAAUGCCAACCGAUGAAGACUUUCCAGCAUUGGGUGAUACUAAGUUUAAAGCGCAGCCACAACAAGCACAGCAAAGUCAACAAGAGGUCGCGAAGAAACUAGUGAUUAGUCAAGUGAAAAAUGAAGAAUUUCCAAUGUUGGGAUCGGAUCCUAAAAGGAAAGCAAAGGAACCAACUGGCACUGAUACCGCCGUUGUUACGGAAAAACUUUCCGAUCUACUUUUGGAUGAGAUGAAAGGCGAUGCAGAAGACAAUAAACAAGAAGACAGCGAUAAUGAUGACGAUAAUGUUGAUGUAGCUGUUGAAGAUUCUGAAGAACCAGAGGAAAUCAAUCAUGACGAGCUCCUUCAGAGAGCGUUUUUCACAGCUCUCAAGAGGGAUGGAAAAACAUUACAACUGCCGCUACUGACUAGCACAUUUUACAGGAAAAAUGUGCUACCAGCUGCUGAACAGCCUAUAGAUCUAAAGAAAACAUCACACAAAAAAUUGUCGAAGUUCUUGUUAGAAAUGGCUGCGAAUCGGUUCAUAACUGUGAAGGAGGAACAAAAGGGCAUUGAAAAAAUCACCCAGGUAAAUCUCAGCCAUCCGGAACUUGUUGAUUUCAUUCCAAAGGCAAUUGUAAAGGACGAAGCAGUGGAAAGUCAAAACAAUUUGUUCGUAACCGAAAUGACUGAAUUGUAUUUGGUGACCGAUGAGACAGCGAAAUUCUUUGCACCAUUCAAUGUUGCUAAUGGUGAUGGGCUCGCAAGUAGUCAAGUAAAGAAAAUGUUAAAGGAGUACGUGUGCAACAAUAAAUUGCAAAGUCCGCUCAAUCCGCGAAUCAUACAAACCAACGAAAUGCUGAGUACGUUGUGCAAGCGUGAAUCGAAUGCAAGCAUUCCAUUUGACGAUUUGUUGUCGGUUAUUUUGUCGAAAAUGACGCACAGUUUCGAAAUGCGUAGCAAGAGCGACGUCAAAUCGUCGAAAAAUCCAACCAUUCAAAUGAGUUUGGCCACAAGAUCUGGCAAUAAGAAAGUCACGUUGGUGAGCAAUUUAGAAGCGUACGGCAUACGAUUGAAUGAAUUUGAGAAGGCGUGCAAACUUGGUGUGGCGGCGAGUACAACUGUAACGAAACUACCGUAUCAGAAAGGUGAACAGUUGCUGGUGCAAGGAAAUCAAAUUCGAUUCAUCUACAAAUUGUUAACGGAAACGUAUAAAAUACCCGGAAAGAAUAUUGUUGGACUUGACUUGGCGAAAAAGGAGAAAAAAGUUAAAAAAUAAAUUUCAAUUUUGUUGUC